CGUGCCUUUCGGAUUCAUGGAUAAAACACCAAAGGGGGGUUACGUUGACAGGACGCAGGAAAGUUUUCUAGCUCUUUGGGGUUAGAAACGACUCAAAAAACGGGAGAAGUGAGCUGCGAGCGCACCGAGGGCUGCUCCCCCCCAGACUCAAGGACACUGAAGACUCGCUUCACUAACAGAGGUGAGGAGACAGGGAAAGGAGAGAGAAAGAGAGGCUGAGGUAGAGAUUCUAUCUCACUCUCCCGGCUGAGGUCCUCAGAAGAUCGCGUCCAGCGUCUCGCAACUGCAGGACCAUGUCCAGCAAAGCGACUUUAGCCCUGCUCAUCUAUGGAAUCAUAAUGCAUCACAGCGCCAACAGCGCACCUGUUGGGAUUAGCUUCCCGAGUCUCAGACUGGACAGUGAGGUUUACGAUGAGGACGGGAACUCCUUACCAUCCCUGGAUUACGAUGGAGAUCAAAUGGAGGUGAGAAGCCCUUCAUCUGUCGCUGAGGAUGUCUUCACAAUGUUCUACCCUCCAGAGAAAAGAAUGGAAAGACAUGCAGACGGCAUGUUUAAUAAAGCCUACAGGAAAGCGCUGGGUCAGUUAUCAGCCAGGAAAUACCUUCAUUCUCUGAUGGCAAAACGUGUAGGCGGGGGGAAGACAUUGGACGACAGCUCAGAGCCUUUGUCCAAGCGACACUCAGAUGGGAUCUUCACAGACAGCUACAGCCGCUACAGAAAGCAAAUGGCAGUCAAGAAAUACCUGGCAGCGGUCCUGGGGAAAAGCCUUGAAGACGUAGAUUUUCACCAAAUCCUACAAGUGAUAGACUUUGAUGCCCUCCCGGACGGUGAGGAGGUUGAGGCUUUUUUGGGAGACUGGCUGAAACAGUUUUCUCCUGAAUUCGCGGUGAGUUUCCGGCUUUUUCCCAAGGCUGUGUCCUCACAGGGGGCUUCUCACCCCCCCCCCCCCCCCCCCCCGUUUUUCUUCUCACCUGUGAUCUUGCUUCAGAUUCAUUUUUUUCCAACUCAUCUGUGCUCCAGUCUCACAAAUUCUGAUAUUCCAACUGUCUGAAAACAUGCACACAGGCUGUAAGAUUUUAAUUAGGCUAGCACGCUACGUGUGUUACCCUUGAUUGGCUUUAAUUUGACCUGGUUUUAAAUAAAAGAAUAGCUUGAAAUAGAAAUCUGUAGCAAGAAUAUGAACUUUAUAUGUUGUAGAUAACUCUUUAAACAGUGUUAAUGUGAGAAAAGUGAAAGAAAUUAGUGCUUAAGUUCACAAGCUAACAGCUAAUCAAGACAAAAAUCAAACAGGGUUGCUUUUAAGUAGCUCAGAUCUCAAUCUUUUCAUGGAAAAAUCAUAAAUACUCUGUUGUAAACUUUUACAUGUUAUAAAUGUAUCAUUAAAAAUGUAUUUUGGCCAAAAAUUAAGAUAAUCAUGCUAGAAGUGCAAAAAAAAAUACACUAAAAAUACUAAGUUAUGUCAACUGGUUCCACUAAACCCAACUUAAAUGUAAGGAGUAAUAUAAUUUGUUAUAUUAAAAUUAAAUGUACAUUACUCUUUAAAUUUAAACAACUAGGUUUAGUGGAACCAGUUGCCAUAACUUGAUUAAAUUAAUUCAACAUUUAUUUAGAGUGUAGCAGCUAUGAAGCUGUUAAACUAGAGUUUUAAUGAUUGAAUGUAUUUUAAAAUUGAAGUUGUUUAAAGACAGCUGCCCUUUAUUCUUAGCAUCACUUGGAUUAGCCGUUAGCUUACCAGUCAAGUCCAAAAUGUUUCUCCAAAUUUACAUUGCUCAAAGAGCAAUCUACAACGGAAAAAAACCAUUAUAUUUCAUAUAAAUGUACCACAGAGCCUUGUUUCAAGCUAUUACUUAUAAGAUUUAAAAAAGAAAAAAUCUCAAAUGUGAGUGAAGGACCAGAGUACUUUUGAGGGUUUUCACGCCCUUUUUCCUCUUCAACUGUGUUUACAAAGUGAUCUUACACCUUUCAAAUCAUGUAAAGUGCCAAUCUUUGUGUAUGUAUCAACUGGUUUUUCUGUGUUUGGAGUUUUUCACACGUCUCUCUAGCCAUAUAAUAAGUAUCAGACAUGUCGAGCAUUAUCAGGCAAAUAAAAAACAAACAAAAAAACCAAGAUACUUGUUACAUGGAAACAUAUCCAUCAGUUUCUUCUUUUUAGAGACACACAAGGUGUGUUUGAACCCUUUGGGUACAUCGUGCUUCCCUUUUUUGUCAUGUGAACCAAUGUACAAAAAUACAAUAGACAUGCAUGAUUAAAGUAAUUGCACUAGCCACCGCAUCUGUGCAGACAACCA